CUCUCCCCAAAACCCUAGAUGUAAGAAUGGCAUCAAGAGAUCUCAUCACAAGCUACUCGAAGCUCCUCUCUCGAAUGGCUGUUCGUUCCCUUCGCACCUUCGCUUAUUCCGACUCCAAUUCCGAAUCAUAUAUUCCAACUAACAAUUCGGAUUUGGACUCGUGCUCCAAACAACUUCCUCACGCUGAAGGUAAGAAAAACAGAGCAUUCAAUCGAUUCCUAAAAGAAGGACCAGCAUAUCCCUGCAAAUAUGAUGAUCAACACUUGAUCAAUCCGCAAAUGAUGAUGAGGAACACUUGCGACAGCCGGCAAUGGUUUAUAAGCUUAGAGCCUGAUGCAGUUAGAGAUGUUGUGAGUAAUACCUUUUUUACUAAUGAAGCUGGUGAUGCAAUCAACGGUGAGGGCCCAGUUUCUACAUCCUCAAGGAAAUGCUAUAGCUAAUAGAGUUGCGUAUAUAGCUUCACGUUUGACCUUGGGAGUUGGGACAAAGUUUUCCGAAAGGCAAAAGAGGUUUUGAGACACAAGUCAUGUGUGAUCAAUUGAAGAUUCCACGACAUGAGAUCUAUCCGAAAAAAGGAAUUGAAGCUGAAGAAUCAUCGGAUAACGAAUCAUCCAAUGGCGAAUCGUCUGAUGAGGAAU